UGGUUCGCGAGUACCGACCAAAACCUCUAAGAAGCUGAAACCUCAAACAGAAACGAGAACGAUAAAAUAACCGCUUCGCUCCAUGGUGUACAAAUGCGCCAGCCAUGAGGUAUCAUAUUACCUCACAAAGACCACUAUUCUACUCUCGCGGCCUCGCUUGGCCCCAGUAAAAGUCGGAUGAAUUUGCCUGGAUCCUGACCAAACUUCAACGCUUUGGUUUCAACAAAGAUCCUGGAAACAUGGGUCCAUUGGAGGCAAUAACGACGGUAUUUGUCUUCGGACUGCUGCUCGCAAGAAUACGCACCCCCUCCUGCCCUGUUUCCUUGGAUUUCGCCUUCAUUUUGGACGGCUCAGGAAGCAUCUCCAAGAAAAAUUGGGGUAAAAUUAAGGAGUUUGUCAAACGCGUUAUGGAUGCGUUCGACGUUUCUCCAGACGGCACCCACUUUGCGCUGCUUGAGUACAGUACAGAUCCCAAAGUUUACCUCAGAUUUAACGAUUUCACCGAUGCACAGCUCAAUGUUGUGAAUGUCAAGCGAAAGGUAGAAGAAAUCAUACAAUCGAAAGGAAAAACAUUCAUUGAUAAAGCCUUGGAGUUAGCGAAUCAAGAAAUUUUCACCGCUGAAGGUGGCAUGAGAGCAGAUGUCAAGCAGAUUGCUCUGGUGCUAACAGAUGGUACCCAGACCGAAGAGCCCAGUCCAGUAGCAGCAGCAGAAAACCUUAUUGCUGCAGCCCAACAGUUGCAUGACAAAGGAAUUGAUGUCAUUGCGCUUGGGAUCGGAAAGAACGUCAACCCCUUCCAGAUUUUAAACAUAGCUUCCGAUGAAAACAAUAUUUACACUGCAGAAAAAUUUGAAGAACUCCUGAAUCUCGUCGCGGGAGAACUGACUAGGCGAGAGUGCCUAGCUUGUUCAGAGCCAGUUGAUGUGGUAUUUGGAAUUCCAACUUCCCAAAGUAUUCCUGCGGGCCAGUUUGAGAGUAUGAAGUAUUUCGUGAAUGAAACCAUCGAUUCGUUCGAUGUGGGUCCCUUGAAAGUACAUGUUGGUUUUGUUACUUACAGUUCCUCCGCACAGACAACGGCGGCCAUCAACCAACUGGACACAAAGGAGGACCUUGAAUCCUUUACUUCUAGACUCAGUCAACGAGGGAAAAGUGCUAACGUGGUCUCUGCACUGGAUGAAGCCUACAGCAGCACCUUUACCAUAUAUGGCGGUGUAAGACAGUCCAAACCCAAGGUGUUUAUUCUUAUUGUUCCAGAAGGUUCGGUCAGCGGUCAACAGGAGGUACUACAAGCCGCAACAAGGCUUAAGAGCCUUGGAGUAAGGUUGCUUACCGUAGGAGUUGGGCAAAACGUUGACCAAAACCUCUAUGCGCUUGCGUCAACUCAGCCCCCUUCAAAGUUUUUUUACAGCGUCCCAGAUCACAAGAAACUGGGCGAAAAAAGUAGAGUUGUUGCAGAUGUGCUUUGUAAAGGUAAAGUUGGAAAAUGUCCCCUACCCUCUCUUCCCCCAGAAUUCUGUCCAAGAAACCCCGAUGACGAAUGUGAUGUCGAUGCAGAUUGUAACUCUGGUGGGGGUUCUCCGCUGUGUUGCCUGAACGGCUGUGGUGGACGGCAAUGUCUUGGACAAAUCAGAAGUUGCUUUGUUCCAAUGGAUGUCGCCAUCGCUGUGGACAAUUCCGACGCAACAACCAGCAGCGAAUUCAACAACGUGAAACGAUUCCUUAAGCAAUUCAUUAACCAGCUUGCGAGCUCGGAGGUUCGAUUUUCCUUGCUUGAAUAUGGCAACACUGCUAAUGUAAUUACAGAUUUUCGCAGCUCUCGUGACCAAAUCUAUCUGGAAAAUCUCAUCGAUAACAUGGCCAAACGCAAUGACUCUGAACGCAGGGUAGACGCUGCUCUGAACACGACCAAAGAGAAGAUUUUCAGCUUAGCAGGAGGAAUCAGACACGGACAUCCACGAUACCUUGUCUUCGUAAGCUCCGGAGGCCCAACUGCGGAGUUCAUCGUUCUCGAGGGAGCUGGGAAAAAGCUACGUGAUUUGGGCGUGACCUUUGUUGCCAUAGGAACGAAUACGGGUGUCCCUGGGGCUUUUUUACAAAAGCUAGGAGGCGACAGUCGUUUCAUCUACAGAGCCGAAGAGCCGAGUCAAUUGGGUGGAAUUGUCUUAGAAGAUUUGUCGCGUAAAUUGUGUGCAGAGAAGCCUGGAACAUGUCCAGUAGUUGACGCGACCCCAGACCCACUUGCGUGCCAGGUGAUGCAACCAGACCCAGAAGAGACCAUAGUCUGUGGCCUAUCGGCAAACGGAGGGGGGCCUUCGGAGAAUUAUGACUGGGACUGUCCCGGGGAAAUGAAAUGCUGUUUGGAUCCGCAAACCGGCUGCUUUCAAGUAUGCCUCGAGCCAGAGAAUGUUUGCAGCAAGCAAUUUGAUCUGACGAUAGUGAUGGAAAAUUCCGCUCGAAUUGACGAAGACCAGUUAGAGCAAGUAAAAGACUUCAGUAAGCAGUUCGUCAAUGCAUUCGAUGUUCGCGAGGAAGGGACGCAUGUGGCCAUUGUGAGCUAUGGAACUGCACCAGUUGUUCAUACUCGGUUUGACUCCUACAGUGGUCCUGUGCUCAGUAAAGAAAAAAUCACAGAUGAUAUCGACAAAAUUGUCUUUGAGAGUGGGAAUGCUGUGACAACUAACACUGCCUUAACAGAGGUGUUCAAGACAGUUUAUGGUGACGGAAAUGGGGCGCGGAAUGGAACCAAUAAGACAGUUGUUCUUAUAACUGCGGGCAAUCUGUCGGACCCCAUGACGGCUGUCGAUGCUGCCAUCGACAUCAGAGCCAUGCCUGCUGACUUGUUUGUGGUAGCGAUUGGUGAAGACCCGGACGUGGACGCCCUUGUGCAGAUAGUGUCGCCACCAGCUGAAAACAACGUGUUCUUGGCGACUACCUCUGGUGACUUACGACCCAGCUUGCGGACAAUUACGGACACAGUCUGUGAAGGAGCUGAGAAAAUGUCAACGAUAAUUGGACCGCCUGGUGAUCCCGGAGUUGCUGGUAACCCGGGUCCAGAGGGACCAGCCGGACCAAGAGGCGAUCCAGGGGACCCCGGAGAGCCGGGAGAAGCCGGAGAACCAGGGCCUCUGGGACCACCAGGACCACCGGGACCACCGGGAUCACCGGGUGGCGGGGGAGGGGGAACCAUAGGUUCCCUGAGGCCUCCGGGGGAGAAAGGACCCAUAAAUAAUGAAAAAGGUCCCGUUGUGCCACCCAUGAUCCUUCCUAUACGACAACAAGCUAGACAGGGACCCCCAGGACGACCUGGAAUACCUGGUCCGCGGGGACCACGAGGUCCUCCAGGUAUCCCAGGGUAUCGAGGCCGAAUAGGAGCCAGAGGACCUAGGGGCCGAGUUGGUUUGAUAGGACCAGUUGGUCGCCCAGGACGACGCGGAACAGAAGGGGCACCGGGGAAACGAGGAAAUCCUGGCAUUCUUGGUGAACCUGGAGAGAAAGGCCAGUCAGGUGACUCUGGGGAGGAGGGGCACUCAGGCCUCAAAGGACAUAAAGGUCGUCGCGGUCAAACUGGUCCGAUAGGAGAACGGGGAGAGGAAGGAGAGACGGGCAUGCAAGGUGUAAAUGGCGCUCCAGGAACCAACGGGAAACCCGGAAAAAAGGGACCUCAUGGAAUUACUGGGAAGCAAGGAAGUACGGGAUCCCCUGGUUCUCCAGGAGCUAAAGGUGUCGAGGGCGAGGAAGGUGACCAGGGCGCAGCUGGUAAGCCUGGCUCUCCAGGUACUCCAGGAGUUGUGGGACAAAAAGGAGAAAGCGGGACGAGUGGUUUGGUUGGAUAUACGGGUUACCAAGGCGACAGUGGUAAUACUGGACCUAUGGGGCCGAAGGGGACGGCGGGAAGUGACGGAGAGAUUGGAGAACAGGGACCGAUUGGGGGAAAGGGUUCCAUCGGUGAUAAUGGAUCUCCCGGAGAAAUGGGUGCACAAGGACUUGACGGUCGGGAAGGGAGCACUGGUACGGAGGGACCCAGAGGAUAUCAAGGAUCCACGGGAAAUCCAGGGAUUCCUGGAAAGAGAGGAGAAGUUGGUGUAAAAGGCAAACCGGGUAACAGUGGGAGACCAGGAUCACCCGGAAGGCGGGGACCUCGAGGGAAAAGGGGAGCUUACGGUGACACUGGCGCCAAAGGCACCAUGGGUAUCAUCGGUUCAAGGGGACCAGCAGGAUCAGAAGGACCCAUGGGAUCCCCUGGGGAACGUGGUGUUAAGGGAGUGCCUGGAAUAGAAGGGUCGCGAGGGUAUUCGGGAAGACAAGGUGAAAGGGGAGACAUGGGAGAUUAUGGACCUCUUGGAGUUCAGGGAGAACAGGGGCCGCCAGGACUGACUGGAAGAACUGGUCGAUCCGGAUCACCCGGUUUACAUGGCGAGGAAGGGGAUUCUGGGAAACCUGGUGAAGUCGGUCCUCUGGGAGCCUCCGGAAGCCCAGGUAUAUCGGGUCCAGUUGGAACCGAAGGCGAACUGGGAAAGCCGGGAGAUGCUGGAGAACAAGGAGAAGCCGGGCCCGAAGGACCCAAGGGAGCUCUUGGACCAAGUGGAACGAUAGGUUCCCCUGGAGUAGCUGGUCAACAGGGGUCCGGUGGUGCAGUUGGUGAGGCAGGUGACACUGGAUUACCAGGGGGAGAGGGGUUACCAGGCUUCCCCGGGUCAAAAGGAGAUGACGGAAGUCCUGGGGCAAAGGGAUCUAAAGGAGACGAUGGCAUGAAUGGUGUUCCGGGAAGUCAGGGACCAAUGGGAAAAUCUGGAGACAAAGGAUCAAGCGGAAAAAAUGGUGUGCCCGGCGCCUCGGGUGAACGCGGUGACCAGGGGAAAUCUGGACAAAUCGGGGUGCCUGGUCCGAUGGGUCAGCCUGGAAUUCUGGGUCCUGUGGGACGUGUAGGUUCUAUGGGUGCUCCUGGUCAUUCAGGUGACGCCGGCUCCAAGGGUGAAAUGGGUAUGAGAGGCCCUCAUGGAAAGCGCGGAAAACGAGGAUCAAACGGACAACCCGGAAAGGACAGUUUUAUGGGAUCACGUGGAGCUAAAGGAAGCAGAGGAGAGAAAGGAGUGACCGGUGAAGGUGGUUUGCCAGGAAUGCCAGGGAACAAUGGCAACUUGGGUCCGCGUGGAGAUAGGGGUGACCAAGGCGGCCCCGGAUUUGAAGGAACCGAGGGAAGUGCAGGACCUGUUGGUAAUCAAGGACGACAAGGAGAUCCAGGCAUAAAAGGAUCGCUAGGCGAGGAUGGACUGCCGGGACCUGCAGGUGAACAAGGCAUUCGGGGCGCUCCUGGUUAUCGGGGUACAAACGGACCUUUAGGGGACCGAGGGCCACUGGGAGGCAACGGAGCACCAGGUGGGAUGGGAUCUCCAGGGGCCACAGGGCCAUCGGGAGAGUUGGGAGCCGCAGGAAUACCUGGGUUGGAUGGUAAACCAGCACAAGCGGGGUCACUUGGUAACAGAGGAAUGCCGGGAAGUAGAGGAGAACGUGGAAUCCCGGGUCGUCCCGGACGUGAUGGUGUACUUGGCGGUACAGGAGACAGCGGUCCUCAGGGUCAACGAGGCGAAGGUGGGCCCAGCGGACCACCUGGGCGGACAGGACAAAUGGGGCUGCAUGGAUUGAUUGGCGCUCGGGGAAUCAUUGGUGAGGUUGGCUCUAAGGGUGAUACAGGAGAUCCUGGUGCGAGCGGAAAAGAUGGAGCCACAGGAAAGCAGGGGGAGGCUGGAAGGCCAGGUCGAAGAGGUUCCCCUGGAGACAGAGGAAAAGAGGGCACUUUGGGAUCUGGAGGACCCAUCGGAAAUCCUGGACGUGAUGGAUUUAAGGGUGUACCAGGAGAACCCGGUGGACAUGGAACAACUGGGCAGCCUGGCCUUCCCGGAAUUGCCGGGUCCCCAGGGAUGAGGGGAAGCCCUGGAUCGAGUGGCAUGGACGGAGGAAGAGGAGAGUCAGGCGGUUUGGGAUCCAAGGGAUUAGCCGGUGAAGCAGGAGAUGCUGGUGAACCCGGCGAAAAUGGAGAAACUGGAAUAGUUGGAAAUAAAGGAGACCGCGGUGAUCCUGGUCAGAGGGGUCCCUCGGGAAAACCAGGCCUGAAGGGACCAGAAGGAUCUGUUGGGCAAAAAGGAAACAGAGGUCGAACCGGACCAAGGGGCGAAGACGGAGCGUUGGGACGAGCUGGUAUCCAGGGCUCUCAAGGUUCACAGGGAAUCGAUGGUCUGAGUGGUUUUCCAGGAGAAAGGGGCGAUGCUGGCCACAGGGGACCUGAAGGAGAUAGGGGUAUGCCUGGACCUACCGGACCCCCAGGACCCCCGGCAGACAUAAGAUCUCUCAGUGGCUAUGUCCAGCGCUUGAAUAACCGAGGCACUGGCUCUUACAGCAUUGAAAAUGAAAAAGCAAAGCUGUACAGAGGUUCAAAAGAUCAGAGCGGAGAGGCUUUAAUAGAUCCAGUUAAACUUACGUUGGCUUUGAUGCAUUACGAACUUGAAAUGUACAAGCAACCUAAUGGCACUAAAGAAUUUCCAGCCCGUACGUGUCGAGACCUCGUAGCAUGUUAUCCAGGUCUCACCAGCGGUGACUUUUGGAUUGACCCAAAUGAGGGCGUGCCCGAUGAUGCUGUCAAAGUUUACUGUGACUUCUCCUUCAACGCAACUUGUUUACACUCCAACAAUGAAAAGAAGCCAUUCACGAUCAGAAAGAGGAAAUGGUUCUUAGGACCUGACGAAUACAAAUGGCUUGGAGCAGAUCUUGGCGCCUUUAACAAGAUCAAGUACGUCAAAUACUCCAGCCAAAUCUCAUUUCUUCGCCUGCUGAGUGACCGCGCCCGCCAGUCUAUAACCUACCAUUGCAAAAACUCUGUAGCCUGGUAUGACCAACAGCUUAAUGACGUCACCAAGUCAUUAAAAAUCAUGACCGAUAAUGGUGUGAUUAUACACUCGAGUUCGUCUAACAAGUUCAAGCCCAGUGUACUCGCAGACAAUUGUCAAGUAAAGAACGGCACGUGGCUUUACACCAUAAUUCAAGUGGACACGCCCAAACCAAACCGACUUCCAGUACGAGAUGUAGCUGCGUACGACAUCGGAGACGAAAACGAAGAAUUUGGACUGGAAAUUGGACCUGUUUGCUUUUAUUAAUCUUUUUAUUCUCUCUUUUAUCUUCUUAUAACAUGCCGUUGAAGUAAACUCAAGGAAUUUGUACCAUAUGUUUUAACUUAUUGUGUGGACUGCUUGAAUGAUAUUUUAAAUAGCCAAUUAUAAUUCAGCUAAUUCUC